CACCCUAAUAGGUUUUGUUCGUCAGCAAAAAUCACGUGGGGCAGCAGUAAAAGCUGUCAACUUAUAAAUGCUCUAUGUGAAAUAGUUACUUAAGUAGAGACAACACAUUAAGUAUGCUUAAUGCGAUUAAUAUGACACACUUCUCAAGACGCGCCAGUUAGUCGGAGGAUUUCACAUGCGUAUUCGGAGGAAGUUUAAGGACAGGUUUAAACCACCGAAGCCAUGAAUUGGAUAAAAAUAUCAGUGGUUCUUUAUGUGCUUUGUGUUCAGUGCUCUGCAAUGUCCAACAGUGAACUUGAAGAUUUUGUUGAAUUCCUACACAAAACUUCGCGGUUAGAUCAAGUUUUGAAAAGUGCUGAGCCCGAUGAAGAUUAUGAUGAAGAGGAGUCUAUAUCAGAUCAUGCAUGGGAAGAGAGUGGGAAGUUCGAAGGAGAUCUCAUUCUAAAUGACAGACAACGAAGAGUGAUCGUGGAGGAUGUCGCAGAAGGAUUAUCAAGAAACGGCCUUAAAGACACUACUAAAAGGUGGCCUAAUAACGAAGUGAUAUAUUACAUACAAAAAGAACACUUUUCCCAAGAUCAAAUGCAAGCUAUCCAAGAUGGUAUAGAUGACCUAGCUCAGGCAUCUUGUCUGAAAUUUCGGCCAUACCAAAAGGGCGACAGAGAUGCGGUAGUUAUACAGGGUAGCAGGCGAGGAUGUUUCUCUCAAGUGGGAUAUCAAGGAGGUUACCAAGUAUUAAAUCUAAACGCCCGGCACCCACCGGGUCGUGGGUGUUUCCGACACGGCACCGUGGUGCAUGAGCUUCUGCAUACCCUUGGAUUUUUCCACAUGCAGAGCAGUUCUGACAGGGAUGAUUAUGUCGAUAUUGUGUGGGACAAUAUAGUUCAAGCUGCCAGAAAUAAUUUCAGAAAAUACAAUUCAUUUUCUGUAUCGGACUUUGGGGUCGGGUACGAUUAUGAUAGCGUUCUGCACUACAGCCGGAGAGCUUUCUCUACCAACGGGCAGGACACGAUAGUUCCAAAACAGAACGGAGCACAAAUUGGGCAGAGAGUUGGUCUAUCAGAUAAAGAUACUCAGAAAUUGAAUAAAAUGUAUUGUGAUGGUAAUGAAGCGGAUGAAGAGGCGUCACAUAAGACAGAGAAUAAGAAAAAUACUUCCAAAAACAAGCCUUUUCAAGGUCACGGCAUCGGUUACCAUCAAGGUAAAGCUAUAGUAAUUAAAUUGUUACCGGCGGCGGAAACAUAUCAGUUAAGUGAUAAACCAAUUCAUACAUUUGAUUAUUUUAGUAAAACGCCGCAAGCAGUGCCGACGUCGAAAACUGAAGAACUUGGAAGAAAUUUAGAGCAUACCCUCAGACCACCAGAGUAUUUGAAUACACCUUUUUAUAAAGAUACUUACCAAAGAGUUUCACCGUUGAACUUAUACAGUAAUACUGAACAAGGUAAGAUCGAAAGUCAUCCAAACGAGGAGUCUUAUAAUAAUAAGCGCCAUAAAUUUACUGAAGGAGGCGUGGCAUUAGUUACUAAAGAACACGAGCUUAUACCUACCCAAGAUAAGAAUUACAUAUAUAACACUUUCGAAAAAUUGGGAAAAGUAAUAAAAGGUUAUGAACACCCGACUUACCAAAGUAUUAGAGAAAAUGAUGGAUAUAAAGAUUUUUAUCCGCAUAGAAGAUCAGAUAAUAUCAAUGUAGAAUAUGAAUACAAAGAUUCUGACGAAGUUUCAGAUCCACGUUUAGUACAAACCAAUGCAAAACAUGCUGCAAAGUUUAUUGAAAGUCUGCAUAGUUCUGCAACCGAUAGAUUACACUCAGAAAAAGGAAGUAAGGAGGAGAAUGAUGACCCUACUGAGCUUUCGAUCGAUGAUGAAGAGAUGAAAACCUUCAGAACUUCAUUUUUAAGAAAGACUUAUGAACCUUAUAAAUUUAUUCCAUCUCCAAAAUAUGUCAAACCAGCAAACCUCCGACAAAGACAUGAUUAUAGCAGUUUGUAUGAUCAAAGUGUAGAAGAAAAAAAUAGUGAAUAUCCUAAAGAAAAAUACAAAGUUUUGGGAGAGGAAGUGCCUUUGUACGAUUCUUGGUUUAAAAAUCACCAACUUAAAGAAAAAAAUAACAACGAUAAGACCACCGAAACCCACAACGAUAAGACAAUCGAGGCCGACGACGACGACGACGAUUCAACACCAGAAUUACUUUCUGACUUUGAACAUACAAAUACCAGCAAUAAAGCAUACACAUAUGUAGGAUUUCCCGUUCAAUUAUAUAGUUGGUACAACCAUAGAUAA